CCCUCCCCGUUCCUCCGGGCCGCCCCGGGCGCCUCCUCCCCCUUUGCCGCCUGUGGGUGCACCGGAACUCUCGGGGGGAGCCUGUGUGUGCCCCCCAGCCCCACUGAGUGGGGGUUCCCCAGGACAGCCCCGAGGGGGUUCCUGGACUCUGUUGUCCCCCCCAUCCCGCCUGGAGCAGCAUCUCGUGCUCUGGGUCCCCUCGUAGGGCGCCCCCAGGCCCCCCCGGGGCUGGCAGCUCUGGAAGGCCGGUUCUGCUUUCCAAGGUCACUGACGCAACAGGGAAGGUUCCCAGCUGGGACUUGAGGGGAACAGCCAGUGCAGCUGCAGCCAUGGCACCCUGCACCUUCACCCUGCUCCUCCUCCUGCUGGAUGUGCUGACCUUCCCCGAGCACGGACAUGGCCUCCGGCGGCAGAAGAGGGACUGGAUCAUCCCCCCCAUCAACUGCCCUGAGAAUGACAAGGGACCCUUCCCCAAGAACCUGGUACAGAUCAAAUCCAGCAAGGACAAGGAGACCAAGGUUUUCUACAGCAUCACGGGGCAGGGAGCAGACAUCAUCCCCGUGGGUGUCUUCGUCAUCGAACGGGAGACAGGGUGGCUGAAGGUGACAAUACCCCUGGACCGGGAGGAGAAGGACAAAUAUGUGCUUUACUCCCACGCCGUGUCGGCCAAUGGGCAGCCCGUGGAAGACCCCAUGGAGCUCAUCAUCACCGUCACUGACCAGAAUGACAACCCACCCGUCUUCACCCAGGCAGUUUUCCACGGUUCUGUGCUGGAGGGAGCUAAGCCAGGCACAUCGGUGCUGCGGGUGCUGGCCACCGACGCAGACGACGCCGUGAACUCCAACAAUGGCAUUGUGAGCUAUUCCAUCCUGAGCCAGGUGCCAGAGAAGCCCCGGCCUGGGAUGUUCACCAUCGACAGCAGCUCUGGGCUGAUCUCCGUGGCCAUGCUGGGGCUGGUGGCAGAGGAGGUCCCUGAAUACACACUGGAGAUUCAGGCUGCCGACUUGGAGGGGUAUGGGCUGCGAGCCACCGCCACCGCCCGCAUCACAGUGCAGGCUGACGGCAUGUCUGAGGUGGGAAACGGCACCCUGACCACCCACGUGCUGAACACGGCCACGGGGCUGCCGGCAGCCGGCCUUGGCAUCCGCCUGGCCCAGCUGCAGGAGCCGGGGCCGCAGUGGACAGAGCUGGCGCAGAGGCACACAGAUGCGGAUGGGCGCUGCCAGCCCCUCCUGGCACCGGGACAGGCCAAGGCUGGCACAUACAAGCUGCACUUUGAGACAGCUGAGUACUGGCAGGGACUGGGGCACACCAGCUUCUACCCCUUCGUGGAGGUUGUCUUCAUCAUCACUGACCCAGCACAGAAGCUCCACGUCCCGCUGCUGAUCAGCCCCUACUCCUACACAACGUACCGGGGCAGUUAGAGGGGCACAGCCUUCCUCUGGGGACGCAGCAAUGACGCCACCAAUGCCAUU